AUGAAGUUUGGGCAUCACUUGAAAACUUCUCUGUACCCAGAGUGGACGGUACAUUAUCUUGCUUAUGAGGAACUCAAGCGUGAAUUAAAGACUCGGACUCGUAAUGGUCAAUGGAGCGACAAAGACGAAACCUCUUUUGUCGAGUUACUUGAAAACGAGCUCGAUAAAGUUUAUGUUUUUCAGGCGUCUAUGUCUGAAGACAUAAAUCAGAGAACUCAACGUUGCGAAAAAGAAAUUAGUAAUCUAGAUAGUAAUGCAACGGAGGAUCUCUACCUUGCACUCGAGGAAGAGCUUUCAUUAAUCAUUGCUGAUGUACAUGACCUUGCAAAAUUUACUCGUUUGAAUUAUUCUGGUUUCUUGAAAAUAAUUAAGAAGCAUGAUGCAAUUAAGGGCAAUUCUUCUUCCGGUGGUCAACAGCAAAAUUUUAUACGCAACACUACCAAAUAUUGGGUUCAUCAGGAUAAUAUUACUGAACUCAAACUUCUCAUAUUGAAACAUCUUCCCGUCCUAGUUUUCAAUGCUAACAAACAAUUUGAACAAUCUGACUCUGCAAUCUCUUCAAUAUAUUUUGAUAACGAUGAUUUUGAACUAUAUCUCGGAAGAUUGGAAAAGACUGAAGGUGCUGAAGCCAUUCGAUUACGAUGGUAUGGUGGAAUGGAUGUAAAUGAAAUUUUUGUCGAACGUAAGACGCAUCGAGAAGACUGGACCGGCGAAAAAUCUGUCAAAGAACGUUUUCCAAUAAAAGAAAAAUAUGUAAACAAUUAUCUUCGUGGCCAUCAUAUCAUGAAUGAAGAUUUUAAAAAAAUGCGAGAUAAAGGAAAAAGUGAUAAAGAAAUUAAUGAUUUGGAACAAUUGGCAAGCGAAGUACAAUUUCGUGUUCUCACAAAAAGGUUGAAACCUGUUCGUAUAUCUCUUGACACUGAACUGACAAUGAUUCGUGAAGAUAACUAUGAAAACACUAUCCGUUGUGGUGACAAUUGGAGAAGAAUGGAUAUUGGUAUAGAUUAUCCAUUUUCGCAGUUACCUGACAAAGAUGUUGAGAGAUUUCCUUACGCGGUUUUGGAAGUCAAAUUACAGACUCAGUUUGGACAAGAACCACCCCAAUGGGUGCAAGAAUUAGUAACUAGUCAUCUGGUUGAAGUAGUUCCUAAAUUUUCCAAGUUCAUUCAUGGUGUUUCGACUCUUAUGGAAGAGCAUCGAAUUCAUCUUUUACCAUUUUGGCUUCCACAAAUGGGUGUGGACAUUCACAAACCAGCUCGAGGUAACUACGGUCUUCAACGACCUAUUGUUGAUACGUCUGAUGCGUCUGAUGAGAAUGUCGAUCCAAUGAGUUCCGGGAGCUCAGAACAAAGAGAUAUUGUUUCUGUUCAAGUAAAUGAAAUAGAUGAGGAUGAAAUUAAUGAGGAAUCACAUUUACUUUCGGAAGAAAACCAACAAGAAUCUUCAAGAUGGUUAUGGUCAGAACCUACAAAUGCACUAGAAGAACUAGAAGAUGAGAUCAUCGUUGGACCUUCUUCUAGACAAGCAUUACAGGUUCCACGUUAUUUUAAGGGAAGGCGUGUUGCAGUACCUGUUCGUGUUGAACCCAAG